AUGGCAUACAUCAGCUCAUGCUUGAUUCUGAGCUUGUGCCUGAUGUUCCCAUCUCUGAGCCAAGGCUAGGAGGCACAAACAGAGCUGCCUUCUGUCCAGAUCAGCUGCCCAGAAAGCACCAAUGCCUAUGGCUCCUACUGCCACUACUUUAAUGAAGACCUUGAGACCUGGGUUGAUGCAGAAGUCUCUUGCCAGAACAUGCACGGGGGCCACCUGGUGUCUGUGCUCCACCAGGCUGAGGGCACCUUCUUGGCCUCCUUGAUUAAGGAGAGCAGCACUGAUGACUUCAAUGUCUGGGUUGGCCUCCAUGAGCCCCAAAAGAACCACCGCUGGCACUGGAGCAGUGGAUCCAUGGUCUCAUACAAAGCCUGGGCAAGUGGAUCCCCAAGCGGUGUCACUGGCUACUGUGUGAACCUGACUUCAAACUCAGGAUUCCAGAAAUGGAAGGACAAGUGUUGUGAGGCAAAGUUCUCCUUUGUCUGCAAGCUCAAAACUAGACACUGCUGGAAAGUGAAUGACGAACUCUCCCAGUGA